AUGGCUCCCCAAACUAAGAAGGGCAGGUCUUCCAAGACCACCAAGAAGUUCAUCAUCAACGCCUCGCAGCCCGCCAGCGACAAGAUCUUCGAUGUCUCCGCCUUCGAGAAGUUCCUGAACGAGAAGAUCAAGGUCGAGGGCCGUGUCGGCAACCUGGGCGAGACCAUCCAGAUCUCCCAGGUCGGUGACGGCAAGAUCGAGAUCAUCGCCCACAACGAGCUGUCUGGCCGAUACCUCAAGUACCUGACCAAGAAGUUCCUGAAGAAGAUGCAGCUCCGUGACUGGCUCCGCGUGGUCUCCACCUCCAAGGGAGUCUACGAGCUCAAGUUCUUCAACGUCGUCAACGACGAGGCUGAUGACGACGACGAGUAA